AAAAAAAAACCAAAAUACAACCUAAAGACCGACGUAUCAUACAGCGCAAUUUUGCAACUCUACCCAUCUGCUCGGUUACUUCAGAAUGAGAUGAAGUCACAAACCUAAGACUUUUCUCCUAUGGCCGCUUAAAACCAUCUUAUUCCCUCUAAUAUCCUUAAACCCAGAAUUCAGAAACAAAAACACCCACUUGGGUACUUCUUAGUUUCUAAUAUUGUUGAUGAUGGGUGAAGGUAACAGGGACAAGAGUAAGAAGAAGAAGAAGAGAGGUGGUGCUAAAAGAAGGAUGACUGUUGAACAAACUUCAGCUUUAAAAUCUGUAAAUGAAUGGGUUUAUUUGGCUCAACAUGCUGAUGAACAAGAGAAGAUCAAAGAGGAUGAUUUUCUACCUGAAAUUAUGCGUAUUGCUAGAGUUUCUGAGAAUAUUGUGUUUGAAUUGCAUUCUCAUACUAUUUGCAGUGAUGGGUUUUUAUCCCCUUCUGCUCUUGUUGAGAAAGCUCAUCAAAAUGGGGUGAAAGUUCUUGCUUUGACUGAUCAUGACACAAUGUCUGGUAUCCCCGAGGCCCUGCAAGCGGCCGGUAGAUUUGGUAUCAAGAUUAUUCCAGGUGUUGAGAUCAGUUCAGUUUUCUCUACUACAAGAGAUGAAUCUGAAGCAGAAGAACCAGUUCACAUUCUUGCAUAUUAUAGCAGCUGUGGACCUGCAAGAUUUGAAGAGUUAGAUCAAUUUUUGGCCAACAUAAGGGACGGACGUUACCUUCGUGCCAAAAAUAUGCUCGCAAAACUUGCGAAACUCAAAAAGCCCGUCAAGUGGGAACGUGUCAUAAAGAUUGCAGGCAAUGGAGUUGCUCCUGGGAGACUGCAUGUAGCUCGUGCUUUGUUGGAAGCUGGCCAUGUUGAAGAUCUUAAACAAGCAUUCGAUCGGUAUCUUCAUGAUGGGGGCCCUGCUUAUUCCAAGGGAAGUGAGCCUUCUGCGGAAGAAGCUGUGCAAAUGGUGUGUAAAACUGGGGGAAUAGCUGUCUUGGCACAUCCAUGGGCAUUAAAAAAUCCUUCCCCAGUAGUCAACAGAUUGAAGGAGGCAGGUCUCCAUGGAAUUGAAGUUUACAGAAGUGAUGGAAGACUUGCAGUAUAUAGUGACCUUGCUGAUGCUCAUGGCCUCUUAAAGCUUGGAGGAUCAGACUAUCACGGAAGAGGCGGGCGUUCAGAAUCUCCUCUAGGAAGUGUUAGCCUACCUGUGUUGGCUGCCCGUGAUUUUCUGAAGGUAGCCCGACCAAUUUGGUGUGAUGCCAUUAGAAAUAUUUUGGAGCAAUGUAUUAAGGACCCUUCUGAGCCAAAUCUAAAGCAUAUCACCAGGUUUGGAACCAGAAGAAUUAAUACUUGUAAUUGUGAGAAGGAUCUGAUUAACAGUUGCUUGAGAUCAUGGCUCACUAGGGAAGAGAUGCAGCAUGCAGAUUUCCAGGCAACCAUGUUGAAGCUAUCUGAUGUUGCAGUAAAUUAAGAGGAAAACUCACAUUAUCCACUUUUUUGGAUGUUUGUGUUCUAAAUUUAUUUGUAUAAACAGAAUUGUAUCUGAUUACAAGGCAUCCUAAGUGUGAAAGUUAUGCACAUUGCAGGCCAUUUUUAAUUGCACCAUUGUGCAUUUUAGCUCUAAGAACUGUGUAUCUCAGUAUGAGUUGCUGAAAAAUGACGAAUAUUAUCUUUAAAUUCUUUAGGAGCAUGUUUUGCGUAUUUUUGGUUGUA